GUUAUCUGACAUGAACAUUAAGUACAUCAUGACGUUCCUGUGCAGCAUCAAGGUGACUGUGGCGCAAGAUGGAGACAUGCCGAGGUCGCCUUGUCCGUCGGUCUUCGACUACGAGCAAGAGGACAAUGGAGACUGGUCAGGGCGCAUCAAUGUUGUAAUACUUCCAUCGUACCAGAUGCCUCUGAAGCUCUCGGUGGAAGUCACUGUUGCAGCGUACAUAAGAGGCGAUUACGCGGGUAAGGUGAUUCUAAAGGGUAAUAAGGAUGCAAUUGCUCAGAAGAUAUUCAGGGGUGAAUCCGUUCCUAUAAGCUACAAAGUGUUAUUUCCAAUACCAUUCCCUUUACCUCUGGUCAAGAGGAUCUCCCUAAAUCAAGAAGUACUGUGUACUGGACCCGAAGCCUCGGGAGGGGUCGUGACGAACAUCCGGCUGCAGCACACGCUGUUCCCCGUGGCGCAGCUCGAGUCCGGGCCGCCCCCGCCCCCGCCCCCGCCCCCGGAGGCGGUCGCGAGGCGGCCAGCGCAAGGCAGCUCGCCGCAGACCGGCCACGGCGGCGGCGGCGGCGGCCAGAACCAUGUGAGUCCAGACCAGUGCGGUAGACCAGUGGUUCCCAACUUGCUGGUAAUGAAUGGACUGGAACCAAAGAGAGGGGAGUGGCCGUGGUUGUCUGCUCUUUUCAUGAUGGACUCUACGAGUGGCCUCUUUGUCUUCCACUGCAGUGGAACAUUGAUCAACCACAAACACGUUGUCACAGCCGCCCACUGCGUCAAGUACCGCGAGCGAGUUGAGCUGACCACUGAGACGCUUGUCGUGUACUUGGGAAAGUACAACUUGGAGCAAGUGGUUGAAAAGGAAUCAGUUUAUUCAGAGCUAGAAGAAAUACAUCUGCAUCCAGACUACGACUGGAAGAAAUACGACGCUGAUCUGGCAGUGCUGGUGCUCAAGACAGCCGUGAAAUACAACUCGUACAUUCAACCGAUUUGUCUUUGGAAUUUUUCUCCGGACCUCGAUCCAAUAGUGGGGAAACUCGGUACUGUGGUCGGCUGGGGUCGCGACGAGAAGGGCAACCAGGUGACCGCCACGCCGCGCAUGGUGCGCAUCCCCGUGGUCAGCCAGGAGGACUGCCUCCGCAGCCAGCCGGACUUCGUGCUGUUCACGUCGUCGCGAACACUCUGCGCCGGAUUCAGGAACGGUUCCGGACCGUGUAAUGGCGACAGUGGAGGUGGUCUCGUCAUUCCGAUGGAAGACGGUCUCGGUUUACGGUGGUACCUGCGAGGUGUGGUUAGCCUUUCUCUUCUGGACAAGAGUGUUUAUUCGUGCGACUUGAGUCAAUAUGUUGUCUAUACUGACGUGGCAAAAUACAGCGACUGGUUACAUUCGUUUGCAAACUAAUGUAAUACAAAUAAUUGGAAUACCAAAUAAAACCAAAUAUAAUAAAUAAAAUAUUUUUGAUUUUGUACAUUAUUGGAAACCUUAAUAAAUUAUGAAUAACACACAUUUUAAUGUCUGCACUUAUAUUUUUAAUUUUUUUUUCCGUUUAUACACUUUAAAGACAAUAUUAUGCCUACACAAAUUUAUAGCAAAUGAAAGAAAUUUGCAUUUGGUGAUAAGGGAUUCAGCUAAAACCUAAAUUUAAAAAAAAAUUAAAACAUAGAAGUAGAUGCCUGUGUAAAUGAAUUGUUUGUUAAAUUAUUAACAGUCAUUUUAUUUGCUACUGAACCAAAGGUGGCUAACUUUAUAAUACUAAAGAUGUAUUUAAAACUGUAUAAAUCUAAAAUAAUAAAUAUGUAGGUACUGUAUUGU